AUGUUAUCUCUCAAAGAACUCAUACCAGCUCUGACUAAAGAUUUUACAUAAGGAAUCACAAGAGUAGAUAAACAUAUCUAUAUUAAUCCUAAGAAAGAACAUAAAUAUACUUUUAUUUGGGUAAUAUAUUAUCUUAAAUUAGAUGCAUGGAUUAGAAGAUGUUCCUGAUAGUUUUUUAGCAGGAUUCAACAAUCCAGAAUUAAACCCUUUUGAUAAUGAGACUACUAAGGUUAUUUUACUAUGUGCCCCUGUGAGACCAUUAACAAAAAAUUAAGGGGAAAUGAUGACAUCAUGGUAUGAUAUAAUGAUUCCAAAUUGGAAAUAGUUUUGGGGAAUCAAAAUUGACAAAGAAUUAUGGGGUGUAGAUUAAGCUAUAGAAUCAAGAAACUUUAUUUGGAGUUUGAUAGAUUAAGAACCAAUACCAAAAAAGAAUAUAUUUAUUGGGGGCUUUUCUUAAGGAUGUUGUAUGUCUUUAUUGGCAGGAUUAGGAUACAAGUUUAUUUAUCUUUUUAAAUUUAUUUAGAGAAUCAUUAGGUGGAAUACUUGGAAAUUCAGGAUUUUUGUUUCCAUUUACAGAAUUCAAUAAUAAAACUCCUAUACAAAUAUUACAUGGUGAAGAGGAUGAAGUUAUUCCUUAUGAAUUUGCUGAGAAAUCCAUAUAACCUUUAGUUAAAUUAGAUAAUGAAUUCAAUUUAAUUAAACUAAAGGGAAUUGAACAUGCUAUGAUGAUGGAUAAUUUUAAAUUAAUGAAAGAGUUUGUUAUGAAACAUUUAUAAUGA